AUGAUAUCGCAGCUUAUCGAGGAGAAUGAGAUCCCUGAGUUCGACAAUCUGUAUCUCGAUAUGAACUCCAUUUUGCACACGUGUACUCAUAGCAACGAUGACCAUCUGUCCAGCAUGAGCGACGAGCAGAUGUACUCUUCAAUUUUCGCUUAUAUCGACCAUCUGUUCAACACGAUACAGCCCAGGAAGGUGUUUUACAUGGCCAUUGAUGGUGUAGCCCCGCGUGCAAAGAUGAACCAGCAGAGAGCCAGACGUUUUAGAACUGCUCUCGAGGCCGAAGAAGCCAUGCAAAAAGCUGUUAAAGAAGGACUAGAGUUGCCCAAGGAAGAGCCUUUUGACUCCAACGCCAUCACUCCAGGCACAGAGUUCAUGGCCAAGCUCACAACAAACCUGAAGUUCUACAUUCACCAGAAGGUUUCAUCUGAUGCGAAUUGGCAGGGAAUUGAAGUGAUUUUGUCAGGCCACGAAGUUCCAGGUGAAGGAGAACACAAAAUCAUGGAAUAUAUCCGUACUUUGAAAUCGCAACCCGGUUAUGAGGCGAAUGUGCGUCAUUGUGUUUACGGACUGGAUGCUGAUCUCAUAAUGCUUGGUCUUGUGACACACGAGCCCCAUUUUGCGUUGCUGAGAGAAGAGGUUGUAUUUGGUCCAAGAAAAACCGUGGCUUCCAGUGACUUGACAAAGCAAAAUUUCUAUCUGUUGCACCUUUCUCUCGUCAGGGAGUAUCUCCAGCUCGAGUUUCAGGACAUGGAGGAACAAAUCAGCUUUGAAUAUGAUUUUGAGCGGAUGCUGGAUGACUUUAUUCUCAUCAUGUUUGUGGUUGGAAACGAUUUCUUGCCGCAUUUGCCCGAUUUGCAUCUGAACAAAGGUGCCUUCCCCUUGUUGAUCGAGAACUUCAAGAAUGCUUUGAGACAGACGGAUGGUUACCUCAACGAGUUUGGAAAGAUCAAUAUGAAGAGGCUGGGAGUCUGGCUCAAAAUCCUGUCUAAGUUCGAGCAAGAGAACUUUGAAAAGGUGGAUGUUGACGUUGACUGGUUCAAUAUGAAGCUAGAAAACAUUUCUCUCGAAGGAAACAAGAAGAGAGAGAGAAUGGGCAAACUUUUGCUGGUGAAGCAGCAGAGAAAGUUUGUGGGACUGAUCAAGCCUUGGAUUCUUUCUGUCUAUGCCAACGAUUUGGAUGUUGCGGCCUUAAAAGAAGACCCUUCCAAGGUCCCCACACUUCCUCUUCCCUCAAAAUUUUUUGGUUCUGAGCUCAACAUGGAGUUUGUUAGACAGUUUGCUCUUGAUGUUGGCAUUCUCAUCAUCCACAGUAAGUCUGCAGGUCAGUACGUUGCUCGUCUUGACAUCGACGGAAUUGCUGAGGAUCUUGACGAGGAUGCCAUUACCGAUCUAAGAAAGACGAUCAAACGUUACGAGACUUCUGUUCUUGUAGAAGACGAGGAGACUCUCGAAGAAGAACAUGACUUUUACAACGACAAGUUCGUUGCCUGGAGAAACAAGUAUUACAAGGAGAAGCUCGGUUUUACUCUCAAGGAUGAGGUAGAAAUGGCCGAGUUCACUGGAAACUACGUUGAAGGUUUGCAGUGGGUUUUGUCGUAUUAUUAUGAGGGUGUCCAAUCCUGGCCAUGGUACUUCAAGUACCACUAUGCUCCAAGAAUCUCGGAUGUUGCCAUUGGUUUAGAAAAGAAGAUCGAGUUUAAUAAAGGAGAGCCUUUUACUCCUUUCCAACAGUUGAUGGCUGUUUUGCCGGCAAGAUCCCGUUUCUUGAUUCCUGCCUGUUUAAGACCAUUAAUGACCGAGGAAACUUCACCAAUCCACGAUUUCUACCCCGACAAGGUGGACGUCGACAUGAACGGAAAGAACGCAUCUUGGGAAGCUGUUAUCAAGAUUUCCUUCGUCGAUCCAGACAGAUUGAUUGAAGCCAUGAAACCUUAUCUCGACAAGCUGAGCCCUGAAGAGAAGGUGAGAAACUCCAGGGGAAACAACAUAUUGUUUGGCUUCAAUCCUCAGUUGAAGAAGUAUUAUGCCUCGCCUCUUCCGUCUGCAUUUGCAGACAUUGAGAAGGACCUCUGUGUCGAGUCCGUCUUCACUUUGCCUUCAAUGGAAGGCUUGACCUAUGUCCACGGUCUAUGUCCUGGUGCCGUCGUGGGAAAGGAAGCCCUUGCCGGAUUCCCCACUUUGAGCACCGUGGCCUUCAGAUUCAAUCUGAAGCUUGCUAAUGUACUGGUUUUCAACCAGCCAUCGCGGUCUGCUUCUAUGAUCUUGGCAAUCGAGAACUGCCACCAAGGUCUGACAGUGAGCCAGUUUGCUCAAGAAUACGUGGGAUCCAUCGUGUACUCUAACUGGCCAUACUUGCGUGAAUCCCAAGUUUUGUAUGUUCAAGAUGAAGGAUUCAAGUACACCAAAGACACCAAAGGAAGGCUUUUGACAAGCCCUCUUGAGAACUUUGAAGCUACAGAAUAUGACAGAAACCGCAAGAAGCUGAUUGAGACGUACCAGAUCUCCAAGGGUGUUGAACUCCCGGGCAAAAUGGUUUACGAGAAGAUCCAAGGUGUUGUUGCGGUGAGACCAGUCAACGGAUUGAUCAGACAGCCAAACGGCUCGUUCAAGAAAACCUUCAAGGACGUGGUUGAAUACUAUCCGAUCCCAUUGAUCGUGGACAACGUUGUCAACAAAGACGAAAGAUACGAGGAGAAAGAUGCUGUUCCUAUUGAAGAAGAAUAUCCAAAGGGUUCGAAGGUUGUGUUUUUGGGUGCGUUUGCUUACGGUACUUUGGCGACCGUGAUUGGCCACGAGAACAACGACAAGCUGACUUUGAAAGUCUCAAAAAUUUCCACCGACAAAGAACCCAACUAUGGGCUUCAGAAGGCCCAAUUGGAGAAGAAGACAGUCCAAUACUUUCCCUCCUAUGAGGUGGCACGCAUGCUCAAAAUUUCAGGAUUGUUUCUGAGCAAGAUUACGUCCUCGUACAUGAUCCAGCUAGGCUCCAAGAAAAUCAACGUUGGUCUUGGACUGAAGUUCGACUCUAGAAUGGAGAAGGCACUUGGCUUUACCCGCAAGAGAGAAAGAGGCUGGGAGUACAGUGCCUUUGCCUUUAACUUCUUGAAGGAAUACAUGAGCAAAUUCCCAGAACUUUUCAACAACCUCAAAAACAUCCAGGGCAAUAAGAUGCCAGACGCCAAAGACGCGUUCCGUCUCACUGACCCUGAUGCCUUGAAGGCCAGAGUCCAAGAGGUUACUUCGUACCUUAAAGAGAAGAAGGCAGGCCUAAACAUUGUUUCCUUGGACACCGAGUCUUUGACGAGACUCAGCAUGGGUGAGAUCGAAAGACAGAUCAUCGACUAUGUUGCACAACCUCACGAGGUGUCAACAAAGGCGGUCAGAGGUAUUCCAAGACAGGCCGUGCUCGAUGCAAAGACAUCUUUCCAACUGCUUGCAAGACAGAGGUUCGAGCUUGGAGACCGUGUGGUGUACGUACUCGACACUGGAAACGUUCCUGUAUUUAGUAAGGGAACUGUUCUUGGAUAUCGUUCCAUCGCAACCAAAGUGACCAUCCAGGUUCUUUUCGACGAGCCAAUCAUGACAGGUAACACGUUUGACGGCCGUUUAAAGACUCGUCGUGGUAUGUCCGUUGACUCGUCUGCUCUAUUGAAUCUAACGCACGCCAACUUUGUGUAUCAUUCCAAGGCUUCUGCGGCCAAGUCGCAGACCCAGGUCAAGUUGACUCCUGAACAGAAGGCUGUGAGAGAGGCAAAGAGACAGCAGCUGAAGGAACAGAAAGAGAAGGCUGUUGCCGAUGCCAAGAAGAAGGUGGAGUCCAAGAAAAAGGGAGAACUGUUGUCGUUGAUCAAGGGCAAUAAGGAAACCACAGACGUAUCUAGCGAACAGCCAGUUACUACUCCACACGCUGCCCAGAAUAUAUUUGGUGCUGUCAUGGGCCAGGUCAUGGGCCAGUCGAACCAACCAGUUGCUCUGCCACCAAUCAACACUUUGUCACUCAACAAUGUCGUCCCCGCGACCACGCCAUCAUCUGAAGGUACGAGGACCAGCAACAGGGGAAGGGGAAGAGGAGGCAGAGGAGGAAGAGGCAGAGGCAAGCCAACAACAGUUUGA